AUGGGCAGCUCUCUCUCCACCCCAUCACGCCCACCAGUCCCCUCCUACGCCCAGCAAACCCUCUCCACCGCUGCCAAACGCAAGCCAUCAUCAAGACCGCCGACCCCACCAUUACGUAUGACAUCGGCGCCGCACCCAAGCAGCAGCGUGCUGAUGUCUGGGGCUGAGGGUGAAACCGAAGCCGACGUUGAGCGCGCACGACGAGCCUCAACACCACCACAGCAAGAGUCUUCGUCUGCGUUUGUUGAUUGGCCUACGGGCAUGGAUUCUUCACUUCUCUCGCCGAUCCAGCGCACGCUUGAGGAUGAGGACGAAGAUAACGAGGAGGACGAAGACGAGGCUGAGGAUGAGGAUGAAGAGCUUCCCCUCCCACCCUCCAACGCACCACUACCACCCGAUGAUGAGGAUGAAACCUCAUCAGGUCUCUCGUCUCCACCACUAUCAGUGUCAUCGCCAUCACCACCAUCAUCAUCACCAUCAUCACCAUCAUCACCAUCAUCCAAGAAGCGCAAGCCGAAGAAGCGCAAGACGGCCGCAGAGAAGGUUGCGCUGUGGAAAGCAAAGCAGGCUGCUGCGGAUGUCACCAAAGCGACGCGCAGCAACGUCGACAGGGGUUUAGCUACGCUAGACUUGAGGAAGUGGGUUGGUCACGAUGGCGCUGCUGAGACUCGGGUGAAGAGGGUGGGUGAGGAUCUGGCGAAGGGUGUUGGAAAGCGACGUCGUCGCCGUUGA